AUGGCGACUACCAAGAAGGAUACACCCAUUCCUGCUCUUCGUGUCAGUCAGCUUGAUGCUGCCGAACUUGACAAUGAAGUUAUCUCCCUUAUAAAGAGUCAGCUGAUGCAAUUGUUUAAAUAUCAUCAGUCAAACACACUUGUAAAGUACGGACCUGAGGUGGAUGCACUUCUCAAAAUUCUCGUCUGGAAGUUUUCCAUUUUCACCCAUGACUGUACGAUUGGUCAGCAAAUCCUUAAUCUCAGAUAUGCCAGUGAGAAUGGCCAGGGGGCUGGACCUUGGCUUGGCACACGACAAAAAAUACUUUAUGCUUUAAUUCUGAUUGGAUGUCCCUGGUUCAAGGAGAGAUCUGAUGAUGUCCUCAGUAUGUUAAAGCUGUCACAUUGGAAACACAAGGUUCAGCAGCUGCUACAUUGGACCGAGACUGGCCUCAAGGUGGCAGCACUUAUCAACUUCCUAGUGUUUCUGCGGCAAGGUGUUUACAGAGCCCUGGUAGAGAGAAUUCUGGGUAUCAGAGCAAUGUUUCCGAAUCAGCAAGGCGUCAGACAGGUCAGCUUUGAAUUUAUGACCAGAGAAUUAUUAUGGCAUGGAUUCUCAGAAUUCCUUUUCUUUGUACUGCCAUUAAUUAAUUUCCAACGCCUAAAAAACUUUGUGAUGAGACGAGUGUUACCUGUAAGUAAACCAUCUACAGACCUAACAAGUCGUAAACUAGAGAAAUGUGCUGUGUGUGGUGACAAUCCAACCAACGCACGGGAAAUCAGCUGCGUCCAUGUCUUCUGCUAUUACUGUAUAGAGAGCAACUAUAAAGCUGAUCCAGGGUUUUCCUGCCCUCUGUGUGGAGCAAGUGUUGCUGAUGCCAGUAGCAUCAAACCAGUCAGAAUGGUAGUACCUACUACAUAGAGAAGAUGAUCAUCUUCCUCUGGACUUUCUUAGAUCUCAAUCAAAAGUUCUUUCACUUUCUCAGAUUGUGUGCAGCUGAACUGUGAUGCAUGUGAUGAAGUUAACAUUUACUCAAGGAUGCAUUGAGGUAAAAAGAUAAACCUGUCGUCUGUAAGGGUUAAAGUUCAAUAAGAGGAUGUGGACCGUCAGUACACCAGUCUGUAUAGGUUAAAGGUCAAUAAGAGGAUGUGGACCAUCAGUACACCAGUCUGUAUAGAUUAAAGGUCAAUUAGAGGAUGUGGAACAUCAGUACACCAGUCUGUAUAGAUUAAAGGUCAAUUAGAGGAUGUGGAACAUCAGUACACCAGUCUGUAUAGAUUAAAGGUCAAUUAGAGGAUGUGGAACAACAGUACACCAGUCUGUAUAGGGUAAAGGUUAAUUGGAGGAUUUUGACCAUCAGUAUAUACAGCAGACCAUCGGCUGUUAGAGAGUAGAAAAGGGUUCCGAUAAUCAAAUUUCAGUGUAUUCUCACUUUUUGUUGAAUAAGCAUGAUGAUUAAUCUGUGCAUCCACAAUAAUUGCUAUGUAGUAACAUACCACAAAAAAUAUAUGGCCUCAAGAAAAACAUAGUUAAGCGAGGGUAGACUCUACAUUGUUUUACUUGUGUCUCUAUAAAAACCUAGUUUAGCUAGAGUACACUCUACAUAUAGAUUGGCAGAUUUAGUUAUGUAAUGAAUGAAUUUGUUGUGUUCAGUUGUUAUGCCAUAUUGCAUGUAAAUACUCAUUCUGUUUUGGAGGUUAUCAAUUAAAGUAUCAAAUAACAAACAGAA